CGCUGUAAAGCCUUCACAUUGGUAUUCUGUCACUGCAGGCUUGAGACGUGAUUCAUUGCGCAUGGAUCGACUCGGACUCCGUCGAGGUCACUAGUGAAAAUGAGAUGUCCGGUUGUCCUCGUGUUUACCGUGGUCAGACCCGACCUGUGACCCGCCUGCUAUCCAACCAUCGUCUCCGCCAUUUUGACUGUCCUCCUACCGCCAUCUCCACGGCCAUGCUCAACAUUCGGAAUAGCAUCGAGCAGCCGACUUGCACAGUCGUUCUGGGGCGUUCGUCUUCGGAAUAGGGGGAGCCCCGCCCGCUGAUUCGCCACCGGACUCAAUUGGCCGGCCCUCACGCCCGUUAUCCCGCCUUCCUUCUGACCGACGACUUGUUUGCUUCUUGACUUUCAUUUCAUGUCGUCUGCACUGCUCGCAGCACGGAAAAGAGCCCUGCUCGGCUCGCGCUCACUCGCCUCGUCGGUCCGGUGGGCGAGCUCGGACAGCAAGGACAAUUACAAAAUUGUUGUUGUGGGCGCUGGCUCGGGAGGCCUCACUGUAGCGAACCAGAUCUUCAACCGGUUCAAGGCGGCGGGGACACCACUGAACAAGGGGGACAUUGCAAUUUUGGAUGCGAACGAGUACCACUACUACCAGCCCGGCUGGACACUCGUCGGUGCGGGCCUCAAGCAGAAACUUGAGACCCGCGAGCCCCUCAAGUCCCUCAUCCCCUCGCACCUCGCCCACAUCCCCGAGAAUGUCCAGUCCUUCUCCCCGAAAUCUUCCUCCAUCACCACGGUCUCGGGUCGCACUAUCGCCUACGAGUCCCUCGUGGUCGCCACCGGCCUGAAGACCAACUGGGACAGUAUCGCGGGGCUCCCCAAGGCCCUCGCCGACCCGUCCUCGGGCGUAUCGUCGAUAUACUCGUACGAGACCUGCGACAAGGUCUGGCACGACGUCGACGCGCUGCGCUCCGGGAAGGCCAUCUUCACGCAGCCGGCGGGUGUGAUCAAGUGUGCCGGAGCGCCGCAGAAGAUCAUGUGGAUGGCGUGGGACCGCUACCAGAAGACGGGCCGGGGCGACCAGAUCUCGGUCGACUUCUACUCGGGCAUGCCGUCGAUGUUCAGCGUGAAGAAGUACUCGGACGCGCUGAACGAGCUGCGUAUGCAGCGCGGCGUCGGCGGCCACUUCGGGCACAACCUCGUCUCCGUCGAUGCGGGCAACCACAAGGCGACGUUCAAGACGGGCGACGGGUCGACCGUGGACGUGGACUACACCCUGCUGCACGUCUCGCCACCGAUGGGCCCGCUCGACGUCAUCAAGAACUCGCCGAUUGCGGAUGAGGCGGGCUGGGUGAGCGUCGACAAGGGCACGCUCAGGCACACGAACGCGGAGUACGGGAACGUGUGGGCGAUCGGCGACUGCUCGAGCUUGCCGACGAGCAAGACCGCGGCAGCCAUUACGGCUCAGGCGCCUAUCCUGACGGAGAACCUGUACUCGGUCGUUUCGACAGGCAAGGACCGAGGCGUUGUGUACGACGGCUACACGAGCUGCCCGCUGUUGACCGGAUACGGCCAGCUCAUGCUCGCCGAGUUCAAGUACGGUUUGGAGCCCAAGGAGAGCUUCGCGAACUACCUCGGUGAUCAAAAGACCCCGUCGAGGCUCUACUAUCAUCUCAAGAAGGAUGUCUUCCCGUGGGCAUACUGGAACCACAUGAUCCAGGGCCGGUGGUUCGGCUCGCAUGGCUUCUUCCGGCCCAAGUUCCCGACCACCACAAACACCCCCCAGUAAGCGGUGUAGCCUUCGCUGUAGCAUACCGAUGUCGCAGGUGCCCUGCCCUUAGCGAUUAUGGAAGCGUGCGGGCGCCGGCGGCGCAGUCUGUAGGUGCUUCAAUGUAAAAUAUCAUAUAUAGUGGUAAUUGCUUUGUAUGAGAUGAGACGGAAGUCAUUUUCUGUACAUAUGGAUGUGCAUUUCAAAUGGUUAGAUCUCCAUGCCACCGCGGACCUUGUGUCGUCGUUCACCUGCGUCCACAUACGUCGUGCAAUCAGAUCACAUUUAUGACAGUCAAA